AAAUGGCUUCAGAAGAAGAUGGCGGUGAGAGAGUCAGUGAGAAAGAUGAAAUGAAGUCAGUAUUAUCCUCCCUAGGACUGCAGCAUUUGUUGCCUGUGUUUGUAGAGAAUCAGGUGGGCCCAAAGGAAGUAGAAAUGCUCGUGCCAGAGGAGUUUACAGCAUUAGGGGUGACAACAAUUGGAGACAAAGCCAGGCUUAAACAGAGAUGCAAGGACUACUUGAAAGGAAAGUCGUUGGAUUCACCAGUUAUGUCGAAAUUUCGAGAAUUAAAUUCAAAGUCAAAAUCAAACAGAAAUUCUAGGAAAAUGAAGUUAACUAAAAGACUCUAUAUUGGAUGGAAACAUGGCCAUCAAGAUCUGUACAGACCUGUUCAUCCCGCUAAAGGAGGCGGCCAGUUCGUUCAAGAUGUAAAUAAAGGAUGUACUUUCAGUGAGUUGAAAAGCUUACUUAUUGACCUGUACUUUCCGAGGGGACACUGUAAAACAGGAAACCUGCAUGUUAAUGAAGUAGAUGCAACAGUUGUAAAUUACUCCGGGCAUACACUCCCAGAAACGAUUGGAGAUGAUCCUUUCACAGUAGGAUUAUACUGCGACAGCAGGAAAUCAAAUCCAGUGAGAAUUUAUUUACAAACUGAAAAGGUGAUCAGAUUUUUUCUUUAAAAAUUAAUAUAUGCAUACAUUUGUUUUUGUUUUAAAGCUUGAUA